AUGGUAGCCCACCAACGAAUGGUUCAGCGGAUUUCAUCUUGCCACCGCCAUUGCAAGGGAUCUAUAAAGAACCUACGGCUGAAUCAGAGACCCCAUUCAGGGGCUCUGACUCUGGCUCGGAGGAAUUUGAAACCGCUUCCGAAAUCAAGAGAGAAUGGGUUGAAGGAAAAGCUGCUUGUGGUUGCCCCAGGCGUCAUUAGCGCUGAGAAGUCGAGGCCCACUCUGAAGUAUCGAUUCACGAUCAAUCAGCAACUCGGAGUUGGGUAUGGUCAUACCACUCUCUACAAGGCCUAA